ACAUAUACUACUAGCUAGUAGGAGUAGCUCCCAAGUCUGUGAGGAGCAGUGUCCACCAUUGCUCACUCAAGCUAAGUGAGCAAGCCGGUAGGUACAAGAUGAAAAGGGGCAGGAGGAACGAGAAGGGUAAGAAGCUUGCGGGCAAGGCCGCGGCAAGGGCUCUCGUGUGGCUUCUGCUUCCUGUCCUCGUCUUCGUGGUGCUCAACUCUGAUCACAUGCCGCAGGUUCCUCUUCAAGCAACAACUCUUUAUUUGGUCGGCCAUGCACCACCACCUUCUCCCGCAUCAAGCGAUCAGACGCCCGGCGAGGCCGUCGAUGCACCACCUUCUCCCACAUCACGCCAUGAACCUCCCGGCAAAGUCGUCGGCGUACCACCUUCUCCCACAACAAGCGACCAGACACCCAGCGUGGCCGUCGAUGCACCACCUUCCGUCGCAUCACGUGACGAGGCGCCCGGCGACGCCAUCGGUGCGAACAAAAGUCAAGGCGACGUCGCCCGUCGACGAGAUACAGAUGUGGCAGCACCAAGAAGCAAGUCAAUCUGCGACUUCAGCAGCGAACGCAUGGAUGUCUGCGCCAUGCAAGGCGAUGUCCGUAUGCACGGCAAAUCCGCCACCGUGUACGUGGUCUCAGCGUCCGACGACAGCUACCGGCCAGAGAACGGGACGGUGAAGAUCCGCCCAUACCCGCGCAAAUCCGAGGAAGGAACGAUGCGGACUAUCCGGGAGGUGACCAUCCGCUGGAGCGGCCUGGAUGCGCCACGGUGCACGGUGACGCACAACGUCCCCGCGGUGGUCUUCUCCACCGGCGCCUACCUCAGCAACUUUUUCCACGCCAUGACCGACGGCAUCAUCCCUCUCUUCAACACUGUGAGGGAGUACGAUGGGCAUGUCCAGCUUGUGGUCACCGACUACAACCACAAGUGGGUCGACAAGUUCAAAGACAUCCUCGCCGCGCUCUCCAAGUACCCGGUCAUCAACUUCGACGCCGAUGACAAGGUGCGUUGCUUCCCGUCGGUGCAUGUCGGCACCGAAGGCCAUAAGGAGAUGGGGAUCAUCCCUGCUCUCUCCCGCAAGGGCUACACGAUGACGGACUUCCGGAACUUUCUCCGGUCGGUCUACUCGCUGAAGCGUGAGUGGUCGACCCCCAUAAACCGGACCACCGGUGACAGGCCUCGCCUCCUCAUGAUUCUACGCCGCAACUCGAGGACGUUUGCGAAUGAGGCGGAGGCCGUCGCAGCUGCCAUAGAGGUCGGCUUCGAGGUGGUGUCGGCCGAGCCACAGGUAGUGAGCGACAUGGCCCGGUUCGCAGAGGUCGUGAACUCGUGCGACGUGAUGGUGGGCGUGCAUGGCGCGGGGCUCACCAACCUGCUGUUCCUCCCACGCAACGCCACAUUGGUGCAAGUCGUCCCGUGGGGCGACAUGAGCUGGGGGUCCAAUGCUGCCUUUGGUGCACCGUCGGCUGACAUGGGGCUCCGGUAUGUCCAGUACGAGACGACCCCUGAGGAGACGACCCUCAAGUACAAAUACCCGAGGGACCAUGCCGUCUUCACCAACGUCGCCUCCAUAAACAGGCAGGGGUACGGCAUGACGUGGGGGCUCUUCCUCAACGGCCAGAACAUCACCCUCGACAUCGACCGCUACAGAGGGGUGCUGCAGAAAAUCUACCAUGAUAGUAUAAUGGUCGAUCCUUCAUUUAAUUCUGGCCCGGUCGUCGAAGCGCCACCUUCUCCCGCAUCAAGCGGCGAGACACCCGGCGACGUUCUCGAUGGGAACAGAGAUCUCCAAAACGAGAUGAACGCGGGAGUAGAUGCUUCUUUGAUAAAAUCAGCCGAUUAG